CACGUUUCUGAUACGUUACAUAGAAUUAGUCGCAUCCGGGUGAACGUUUCGAGGUCGGCUCACGUUUUUACUCUGGAAGUGUUGGCUCUCGGUCUUUAAGAUGUACGGAUCCUUUCGGGUGCUGCUGCAGGUGCUGUGGGCCCAGCUGCUCUGUGGGUGGGUGCUGGGCUCAGAGCUAACUUUUGAGCUGCCAGACAACGCCAAGCAGUGUUUCUACGAGGACAUCAUCAUCGGCACUAAGUGCACACUGGAGUUUCAGGUGGUGACCGGUGGCCAUUAUGAUGUUGACUGUCGUUUGGAGGACCCAGAUGGAAAUACACUCUACAAGGAGAUGAAGAAGCAAUAUGACAGCUUUACCUUCACAGCAUCCAAGAAUGGCACCUACAAGUUCUGCUUCAGUAAUGAGUUCUCCACUUUCACGCACAAGACGGUUUAUUUUGACUUUCAGGUCGGUGAUGAUCCUCCACUCUUCCCCAAUGAGAACAGAGUCACUGCUCUCACCCAGAUGGAAUCAGCUUGUGUGUCCAUCCAUGAGGCCCUGAAAUCAGUCAUCGACUACCAGACACAUUUCCGCCUCCGUGAGGCUCAGGGACGCAGUCGGGCAGAGGACCUCAACACCCGUGUUGCGUUCUGGUCCAUUGGAGAAGCCAUUAUCCUUCUGGUGGUCAGCAUUAGCCAAGUGGUCCUGCUGAGAAGCUUCUUUUCUGACAAGAAAACCACUACAACACGUGUCGGAUCAUAACAGUCUCUGAGCUCUAGGAUCUGAUUCAUCACUUUCUUUAUUUUUACCUGGGCUUGUGUGCAUAGAGUUGUUUAGAACAGCAGUGCAGAUCUGAAAUUCGAUCAUAUCAAACUGCCAGGUCAUACAAUCUGACAUGUCAUCCCCAUUCAGCACUGCUGUUCUUAUAAACUUUAUGCAACUGAGUCUUGAGCAAAAAGGUUGUGUGUGUAUAAAAUGUUUUUGGGGGGGUUAAAGAAAAAACCUGAAGAAAGGCUUGAUGGUGUUGCUUGGAACUAUCUGUGUUUGAGGCAGUUCAAGCAGCUGGUCAUAUAGUUAAAGCAAACCCUAUGUACUUUGAAUAUUUGAAAUAAUUUCUAAAUGUGUUCUUAUUUUAUUUGUGUCCUCGGGCCCCAUCAUCCCAUACCCCUCUCUCCAAGAUCUAAUGCAUUUUUUGGCCCCAAUUGUGCACUGAAAUAACCAAGGGAGUGGAAGUUGUAACUAAAUGUACUCAUAAUAUAAGGAUGGUAUGGAUUUUCUUCCUUAUCUGCAGAGCAUUUGGUCACAAAAAACACACUGGCAAGGCAAAGAUUGCAUUUGGUUAUGAAAAAACAUCUGUUUUUUUUUUCUUUGUAAUUAAACCUCAAUGUAUUUAGUGGGAAAGACUAGUUAUUGUGGUUGCUUUUAUCAGCUGUCAUUUUAGAUGAGUUAUUUCAAGGGAGUAUUCUGUACAGAGAGGAAGUCAUCCUUUAAUUUAACAUUAGCUUGAAGCAGUUGAACAAAAGCUUGCAUUUGGGUUGAUUGACUGAUGGCCUUCCUUUAGUGACUGCAGUUCUUCAAAAAGAAUUUUAGGUUAAACACACACAGGUUAACGUAAUGCUUCAGUUUGACCACACCUAUGUGAAUUAUCGCCUGAAAUGGUAAAAUUACAGGUAGGUGACUAAGUGUGUGUGGGGGGGGAACCCUAAUAUUAUUCUUGUGUUUGAAAAUGACACAUUUUGUGUGUGCACCAACUUGUUAUAAAACCUUUGUCUUUCACUGGUCCCCUAUAUCUAGUGCUGCCUUUGCUUUUUAAAGUGCAACAACUUAUUUAUCUUGUUGGCUGAUAUUGUCCUCUUGGUUUUAUACAGCACUGUUGUAAAAUUCAUGUUGUUUUGCGAAAAUAUAAGAUAAUUCUAGUAACUUUGAGUUGUAGUUGUAAUUUGAAAAAAAAUUAUAUCCCCUGACCAGCUACUACAUUUCCAACAGAAACAGGAAGAAAGAUUUAGACAAAGUAAAUGUAAUGUCUAUAUCUAAUGACUGGCUUACUUUUUAAACUAUUAUUUGUCAAUUUAUCACCAUCUGAUUCAAUUAGCAGUCUUAAAGAAAAGAUCUGAACAUGCAAAUUUUUAAAGGAUUUUCAUUAAACAUUUAAGCCUGCAGGAAGCACUACAUUCUGUCUCACUAUUCAUCGAUUUAGCUCUUAUACACAGGAAUGGCUGAAACAUGAGUUAAAUGAAGCCAUGUACUAAAGUUCACCUUUAGUAUUUUUACAGUAUCCAACAUCAAUGAAUGUGAAUGACAUCCGGUCACCUGGGAAAGACAAGAAGACUUUACUGUUGUGAUGUGGGAAUUUUCUACACCUAAUCCACUGAAAGAUACCAAAAAUAUAACACUUUUUUUUGGCUUUAUAGUUAACUCCUGUUGAUCUGUGUAACAUGGUCAGAACUGAUUCCAGAGAUUCUGUGUUAACUGAUUAAAAACAACUAACAUCA